UUCAAUUACUUGUGGGGCUUCCUCGCCCAUGCAAAAUAUUCGUAAACUGGUCUCACAGCUGGUGGUUUUACUUUCAGUGGGGUAUUGGCAGCGCUAUGCACAUUACAUAUCUCACUCGUUGGUAACAGCAAACGUAUUUACGGCAAAGAGUUUAGAAAUGAAGCCAAAUACAAACCAGCUUACUUGUAAUUCAUUUAGAUGUGCAUCCUGUUCAAAGGCUACACAUGAACAUACUUUAAUAAGUAGUGGCAUUCUAAACAAUCUAUUCGAAGGCCUUACGGACAAGGAUGAAACUGUGCGCACGGCCAUCAAAAGUUCCCUCAUAAAAAUAUUGGAAACACAUCCGGCGCGCGCCACUGACAUACUUGUGGACUAUCGAGGAAGAAACCCCAAGCUGCCAGAACAAACAGUCAUCACAUUGUUAAA